AUGGCAUCCAGGAAUAUGCUCCGUCGCGCACUUCUCUACAUCCCGGGCUCAUCGCAGCGCUUCAUCGACAAAUCACGCGCCCUAACCGCCGACUGCGUAGCCUAUGACCUAGAAGACAGCGUAACUCCGCACAAGAAAGCGGAAGCCCGCUCCCUGGUGCGGAGAGCCCUCGACCAAGCCACACCCCCAGGCAUCCGCGAACGAGCAGUCCGCAUCAACUCCGUAGACAGCGGCCUAGCCCUCGCAGACCUAACAGAAGUGCUCCAAUCCCCAAACCUCAGCACAAUCGUCAUCCCGAAAGUCAACUCCGCGUCCGACCUCACAUUCGUCACGGACGUCAUCAACCACACGCUCUCCCAACGGCCCCAGUCCCAGUCCCAAGAUGCAUCUUCCCGACCGCCCAUCUCCCUCCUGGCUCUGGUCGAGUCGGCGAAAUCCCUAACGAACCUAACCCAGAUCUGUGCCUCCACGCCCCUCCUCCAGGGUCUGAUCUUCGCGGCGGAGGAUUUUGCCCUCGACCUCAGCUUAACGCGGACUCCCUCACUGAGUGAGUUUCUCUUCGCUCGGUCGAUGAUUACCACUGCUGCUAGGGCGGCGAAUCUACCUUCGACGAUUGAUCUGGUUUGUACGACGUACAAGUCGACUAAGGGUGAUGGUUCGCCGCCGGCCGUCUUGGAAGAGGAGUGCCGUGGGGGGAGGCAGCUGGGCUUCAAUGGGAAGCAGUGUAUCCACCCGUCUCAGGUAUCGACUGUACAGGCGAUCUUUGGCCCGGAUUCGGAGGAGGUUCAGUGGGCUGUGCGGGUGACUAUUGCAGAUGAGAAGGCGGCGGUGGCUGGUCGGGGUGCUUGGACGCUGGACGGGAAGAUGAUCGAUGUUCCCGUUGCAGAAAAGGCGAGAGCCAUUGUCAAGAAGGCUGCCGCGUGCGGCUUCAAUGUAGAAGAGUUGCGGGAGAAAUGGCGGGAUCAAGAGCCGGAGUAA